UUGGCGUCAAUGUUGACAAGCAGGCGCAGUGGAAAGCAAAAAUAGUGUGCGGUGUGAUCAUCUGCAAGUAUGUUUGUAUACGACGGAAACGUAUCGGUACCUUUGUUCAGUUUCCUAGUCUUUUUCUGUUUUACGUCGUACGUUUCUAGUGUCACGCCAGACUGCGUCCUCGUGAACAAAGAUUCUGCUGCUGAGAAGGCGUUCUUGGAAGGUCUGCACGAUCUGAGAGGAGAAACCUUUUCGCUCGAAGAGAAAGUGGACGGCAAAGUGAGGACCGUCUACGAGAUCGGGGUCUGUGCCGGCGUCAACAAGUCCCUGCCGCAGGUGGGAGCGCUGCAGCAUUCCGUCGGGGACAAGGAGAACACGACGACUGUCCUGGGGUACUUCAACGCGACCACGGUGACGGGUUCUCACGGCCCCGGUGCAUGGACGUUACUAACGUACAAAAAUGGAGAUAAAUACAACAAUACCUGCAGCAACUCAUCGAGAGAAGCUCAGCUCAUGGUUGUGUGCGACAGCACGGUACAUCACGGCGUCCUUCAGAUAGCAAACAGUAAGGCCAACUGCUCCUACCUGUUUGUCCUGGGCAGCAAUGUCGUCUGCCCCAAGGACAAGCCACAGCAGCCGCCACAUCAUGGUCUGAGUGGUGGCUCUGUCUUCUGCAUCUUGUUCUUUACGGUGCUUUGCAGCUACCUACUCCUGGGCUUCAUGUACAAGAGGAUUGUGAUGGGCGCAAAGGGCCUCGAGCAGAUCCCAAACUACAGCUUCUGGAAGGAUUUCGGCAACCUGCAGGCCGACGGCUGCAACUACCUGUGCCGGUGCCAGUGCGACGGAGCCCACGACCACAGGGCCUACAGGGACAUUGACGACAGGCCCCCGCGACCGGAGGAAGACAGAGACGACCAGCUGCUGACCAUGUGAGGCGGGAGGUCCGGGAGUCCCCCGUAGGCCUCCGCAACGCCGAACCCGGCUUGCCCGCACAUCUCGUCCCGGUCGGCCGCGGACCCCGCCACACGGCCGCCCCAAAUAAAGAAGCACGGACGGGCAGAAACGAAGCGGAAAAGUUAACGUCAAAACGUGCCUUUCUUUGAUUCGCUACGGUUCGAAGGCCGGUUCGCACGUUGGCGUCCUGCGAUUGACCGCUUGCAACGAGACCACAUCGGUGCCGUAUGUCAAGUAGGCCCGGAACGCUUUUGCUCCACGUAAAUACUUCACUCACUGUUCUUUUAAUAAUGGGCUCAAAAUAAUUCAAACAAUCUUAUGCGCUGAGAGACUGAGGGAGAGGAGGAGACGAGAGCGCGUGGCGACGUCAGAACACCCAGCUCUGGUUGGAAUGAUCAGUGGGAAGAGCUAAACGUAGCCGUCUUUGGCUGUGUUCCAAAUCUUACCCAAAUGGAUCCGAGUUACUCCUGGGAUCGUAUCACGUGACAGCACAGAUUGAAAAACGCUGGACGCGGGUAGGUUUUAGAACGCCAAGGGUACAAAAUCCUUACUCUGGAGUAAGAUCGAGUAAAUUUUGAAACACGGCCUACGUCUCCACCGCACUCGUCGAACACGUUAGAGUGCCGGCGUCCGGUAUUUGACUUUCGCAUUCGAACGCAUUGGACGAGCAUUAGGCCUAGCCAUAUAUCAUUCGAAUGAAAGCAGGGCGUUCUGAUGUCUCCCCGCACUGUCAUCUCUUCUUCCUCAGUUUCUCGGCGCAUAAGUAGGGUUCCGUGUUUUGAUGUUUAUUUUUAUUGGAACUCGAGGGUGUUUACUGGCGGUUUAUUUUUUUCGACAGAUUGGGCGUUUUUUGGUAUCCUUUUUUCGAGUGGGACGAGAAAUCGGUGUUUAUCGAGAAACGAGACAGUUAAUUUCCUCGAACACGCUUGUCCCCAGGACACUGGGAAAACGUGCCGGUACCAAUAAAAGAAGGAAUCGAGAUAUGGGUCCGGUUUCUGAAGAAAGAAGUAGCCUCGUAGACAAUCGAACGCGGCUGCGUUUGAGGUAAACGCAAAAUAAAAUUGCGGUUACAGAUCUAUUUUCCCGCAAAGCUCAAGUUUUUUAGUCUUCCCCGACUUGGAUCGAACCGGCUCGGGUGUUGAUUUUCAGGGUUUAUCGACAUUUCUCGAAAACAGGUGAUCCCAGUUAUAGUGUAUUCGCACGAGAGGUGUAUCUCCGCGGCGAAAACUUGAAAAACUGGCUACGUCCCAAACCUGCGAGGAGGAUAAGCCACGACGGAGGGGACGACACUCGGAGAUAACCAGGCUAGCAUUCGCACGGCGGAGUCUGCUAUGCUUUCCGCUGAGGCGUGGCGAAGAGCAAAACAGCGCUGGCUCGUUUGUCGCCAUUUCUAUCCGGAUGAGGCGACGGGUAUUCUGCGAGCCGCCGACAGGCCUUCUCCAGUUAUCCGCGGAGUCCAAAGAGUGGCGCAAGUCACGUGACCUACAAACUCGAUGACGUAUGCCCACUCCCAAGGCUGCUCCGCGGGAAAAACUCCGUCGUGCGAAUACACCAUUAGGACCUACUGUUCCUCUUAGUGCGUAGAUAUCUCGCAAAUGCUGCCAAACCCUCGCUCUAGCGAAGCCCGGGUCCGAAGGGUCCAGGACCCCCUCACAGACGGCACCGACGUGCCAUUUUGUCGUCUCGUCGCAAGCGGUUACGAGAGGAAACGGCACUGUUCAGCGCCCUCGGACACAACUGUGUGAACCGAUCCGAGGGAUGUGUUGCAGUUGUACCGUAAAUUGCCGGAGGAUUUGUUUUCUGGGGCUUCGUAGCACGCCAUCUCUCGAUGUUGCAUUGGGUGGUGAGUGGGAUCUGUUCUGUUUGACUGAGGUUAUGUCUUGAUUUCUGAUAAAAUUUUGCCCGAUUGCUGAUAAAGUGUGCCAUUGCCUCAGAGACACGCUUUGCACCUGGAGGAGUAACUCUGAGCGUGUUGCGCCGAGCAAAGGCUUAAGGCCGGGUCGCACGUUGACCUCGUCGCGCAGUUUGCACCGCGUCUAGUGCAUAAGUGAGGAAAGGCAGUCUCGGUCGCGACAGAGCGUCGAUACGGUGCCGACGUGAAGAGUGAGCGUAGCAUUGCGUCUAUAAUGCUCAGUUAGGGUUGCGCCGCACGUGUGGCGGACAAAAACGAACCAGAGCGUGUGAUGCGAUCUCUGGAAACGUUGCGCGUAUGGGGAGUUCGCGAGGAUUUGGAAUGCAAGUGGGCUGGUAACGUCGCGAGCACUUUGGAAGGGACGUUUUGUUCUAAGCACCGAUUGUACUCUUUCCAACAUUUGUGAGCUCUCUCUUUUUUUUUUUCCUUUUUUUCCGUUAUUGCAUUUAAUGGUUGGUUGAGCAUCUGGGGGUUUAAUUGCAUUUGAUCCAAUAGCUUGUCCUAACUGCGUGUCCUCCUCGACGGCCUGUGUUGCAGUUGAUGGUUGAGUUACCUUGGGAAGUUUUGUCUAUGUUCCUAGGAAAACGAGUCACUUACUGUGGUUCUUGUUGUCAAAGCAAAGUGACAUAUAUUGUUUUCCGCACAUUGCAAUCAUGUUUCUUUUGUAGUUCCUAUUUAUGAACCUUUUUUGCACCAGUCACCAACAGCGAGCGUUUUAAGUUUGUAUCAAUGGUGGGUAAGCUGGUCCUUCAUAUUUUUAUUUAUUUUUUGACAAGCCACAGCUCGUGGGAUACAAUGCACAAAAAUGAACAUUAAAAGGAGACUGGAAUUUCGGUUUGUGCUGUACAGUUGCCGACCGAUUUUUUGGACUUUAUCGAAAGAGUCCGAAUUAUAAACCGGUCCGAAGAGUCCUCAGAUUACGAAACUUGGCUUUAUUGAGCCUAAAUGGGCUGAAGAAAGUCACUGAGAGUACCUUGUUCCAUGUUGCGCUUGCAGACGAUCCGCUGGCAUUCCUGCCAGCAUAAUGCCCUCGCCCGGCAAAGGUGAAAGAGGUGGGGCCCACGAGGUCCAAAGCAUAUAUCGACGCAGGGCAAAAUGACCAGACCGCGAGACACUUAGGUGCCAAGAUUAAAAGCCGUUAAAAAUGUACACCACACUUGACGGAUGGCACAAAAAAAAAAAAAAACAUUGGUUGGAGAUGGACAAUUGACCAAAUAAAAAAACCUAGACAAUGAUGAUGAUGCGUAGCAAAAACAAAAUGCAUAGCAUAGCACAUCUUGCAGCUGGUUUGGUAGCGCUGCCAAACCUAUCCAAUCCAUCUGAAACAUGCAGCCGAGCUCACGGUCAAGCCAGCAAAAAAUCGAAAAUGGCAGCCGCUCUGCGGCUGCCACUCGUAACUACUUUAGUCCAAAAAAUCUUUCGCACUACAAAUUGGUCACGGUUCCUCGUGGAUGUCCAGAAUAACGAGCAAGUUCGAAUUUUUGGCGUUCAAAAACUCGGUCGGGGACUGUUUUACAAAAGUCACUUUUGUAAACUUUUUGUGCAUCUCAGAUCUGUUAAUUAAAGCAUUUAUUUUUAGUGUAAUGCGACUGCACACUCAAGAAAACAAUGCUUGGGGUUGCUUGUCAAGCCCUUCAUUCAAUGUGUUGUAGUAUAAUAUCUGCAAUUUCAGAGAGAGAAAAAUGUGUUUGUAUGAGUUUUUGACUACAGUUGCCCUUUAUUCUAGUCAUAAAAGUGCUGUGGUGUUUUUAUCUUCAAUUUUUAUAGGUGGUCUCCAGGUAACCAGUACACAUAUGCAAGCAUACAUUUUUUUUUUUUUUGCAUUUCAUUUGUUGUAAUGAUCGAGUCACAUGCCUGCCAUUAGUUUUCGUUGUACUGUUUCAUCGAACGGCGUUUGGCACUUUGGGCAGCUGUGCACAUCUGCCAAGCUGAUUUGACAGACAACAAUAAAGUCUCUCGAUUUACAGUCA